AUCAUAUCGUGCAUGUGUUAUGGGGAUAUUGUCUGCGCACUGUCAGAAAAAAGCAAGAUUACUGAGAAAAGCAGCAAAGCAAAACAAACACAUAAUUUGCUAUUUAUUAGAGAAGCUAGUCUAGUCAUUGCGCGUUAGUUGUGGGAAAAUUGUAGUACAAAAUUCAUCGCACAAAUUAAUCUAGUUGUGAAAGACUGGACUAAAGAGAAAAUUGUGGAGAAUUUUGAGUGAUUUUUUUUGUCGUAACAAUCGCAGCAAGACGGAUGAUAACUGCGUAGAUUAAGCAUUUUGAGCCGCAAAUUGCAAGAGAAAAAUAUUCCUUAUUUUACCGUGAUAUCUCAGUUGCAUCCGGUGCUGAAUUUUCCAUUUGUUUUGUUGCAAAAGGGAUGAAAGUGUUGGGGAGUUUUCACCAAAAAAAAAAAGUGCAUCGUGUUGUGACAUAACCUCCUAUCUCGUUGCAUAAGGAAUCGCGUACAAAACUCCCGGAGGAGUUGUGAACAGCCAAGCAAUAUAUAUAUUUUUCUUAAUUUUUCCUGUGCUACGAGAAAAUUUAUUUUUGAACGCGGCACAAAGUUUGCGAAAAGACACCAAAUAAACAAGUUUAUUAAUAGAAAAUAGUCGAAAUAGUAAAGUUGGAUGUAAAUAUAUUGUGAAUCUGCCAAUUUUUAAUACAUUUCCCUCAUAAAAGCUUAGUGUGUUUAGGUGGUCAGGAGUUUUGACUACCAUCGGAAUAUUCUGGGAAGAAUUCUGGCGUCUUCAUAUGCGCACACAGACACAGAUGGGAAGAUUGUGAAAUUGCACUUUGGCUAUAAAUAGAUUUCUCUCAACAAUUGACUAUUAAAUGUAAGUGCAUAGCCGCAUAGGGAACUUUGCCAACAAGGAAUCCCUCUAAAGGCGCAUCAUCUUCACAAAACAUCUCACCUGUGAGUCAGUUUUCCCCGGAAAAACAGGCUCUCCUCAACAUGAAUUCCAGGACAAUGACACAGCGAGAGAGGGACACUCUCAUUCAUCUCACAGCUGGAGGUAUGGCGGGGACUGUGGGAGCAGUAGCAACAUGCCCUUUGGAAGUAGUUAAGACACGUCUACAGAGCUCAUCGGCCUUCCUAUCGGCCGGACCGAGAGUGCCUGAGCUACCGGGUGGGGGAUCUGGUACACCGGGUAGUUCAACAAACUCCACAGAUGCACUCCUACGACCCGAACAGAGGCGACGACUUUGCACAACUAUCCUCAGGAAAAGGCCCCAAAUAAUUGCAAUAUCAUCAUGUGGAAUCUCAUCGUCAGCGCAGUCAAUGAGUAUUAUGCAGUGUAUCAAGCACAUAAUUCAGUCAGAGGGUCCACGUGCACUGUUUAAGGGUUUAGGACCCAAUAUUGUGGGUGUAGCUCCAUCGAGAGCCAUUUACUUCUGUGCAUACUCCCAGACGAAGAGCUUUCUCAACAGAGAUGGAUUAAUUCCACCAGAUUCCCCUAUUGUACAUAUACUUAGUGCUUCGUGUGCUGGCUUUGUGGCAUCAACGGCAACAAAUCCCAUUUGGUUUGUGAAAACUCGACUGCAAUUGGAUUAUGCAUCCAAGGAUCGCAUGACAGUGCGAAAGUGUGUCCGGCAGAUAUAUCAGCAAUCUGGGCUACGAGGUUUCUACAAGGGUAUCACGGCCAGCUACUUUGGCAUCUCAGAGACUGUUAUACACUUUGUGAUUUAUGAGGCGCUCAAAAGAAAAUUGAUUGAACUGAGAACCGCACAUCCGACUGAAGCAAAGACAUCGAGGGACUUUGUGGAAUUUAUGUUGGCUGGUGCUACGUCUAAGACCAUUGCUUCAUGCGUUGCGUACCCCCAUGAAGUAGCACGAACGAGACUCCGUGAGGAGGGUAGCAAAUACCGUUCUUUCUGGCAGACACUCGCUACGGUUUGGCGGGAAGAAGGACGCCGUGGGCUAUAUAGGGGCCUUGCGACGCAACUUGUACGACAAAUUCCAAAUACAGCCAUUAUGAUGACAACAUACGAGGGGGUGGUUUACAUUUUAACACGCCACUUUAACAGCGACUUCUACGGCAAUGAUAAACACAUUGUAGCUACAAAUAAAUCCUGAACUUCCUAAUAUUUUUCUUUUGGCUACAAAGACGUGUGUUCUUUGAGAAGUUUUUUAUUUUAUAUCGCGCAUCCUGUUCCAUGAUUCUUUUUUUUUUCACCUUAACAAUGUAGAUGCCACUCAAAGCCAUAUUGUACAAAAAAAAAGAAGAAAAAAUAUUAUAUAGCAACUAUCUCUGCUGAAGAGAAAUAAUAAUGAAGUUAUAUGAAUGAAGAGAAAACAAUAGAGAAAUACAAGAAAGAAAAAAAAAAACUCUUACUGCAGCUUCUACAUUACUAGUUGAUCAUGUGAUCAUAGAAUUUUAAGAGAUUUAAGUAAAACAAACAAUUACUAUUAUAGGUACCUUAUUACUGUUUUAUUAUUAUUAUUAUUUUUGUCUUAGAAUGUUAAAGAAAAAGGUAAAAAAUAAAUAAAAGUUUCAUAUAGAAUGAAAA